UAUUCCCUAGGAAGAACCAGCUCGGCGCCAUGUCUCGUACUUCAAUUCAAAGGAGCAAGUAUAAUGUUGGACUGUUCUUUAGAUGUGUCAACUCUGCAGCACUUUAUGCCUCUUUCAUUAGUGAACAAGUGAGUUUAUCGAUUUUGAGGUACUUACAAUUACAACCACAAUUUCAAUUAAGAAUUCACGGUUUUCAGUAAACCUGAAGGUGUGCGAGUAACAUUUUUUCCUUGUAAUAUUUAUGUAAAUAGUGAAAGAACAAGUCAGCUAAAACCAUGGACAACCAGGGAACUCCAGGAUAUUGAGGGAUUUUCUGCCCAGAAUGUAAGUUGUUUAUGAUAUGACUUCAUUCCCAGAGAUGGAGAUCUCCAAAUCUGGAGAUUUUUUUUCAGACCAGCACCCCCCCCCCGACCGAAUUCGUCAAUGCGCCCCCCGAAAAUGUCUCUUUUGAUUUAGACCCCCUAAUCCCCCCCCUCCAGGUGAUUUUGCAGGAAGAAUGUGGAUCUAUCUGUCAGUGACUUCAAUUGGUUGAAUCAGACUCUCCCCUAUAUAGGAGUAACAAACAAGAAACUUUCUUCUUUUUGUUUGGAAUGAACAACAUGCAUCACACAAGAAAAUGAAGCCAGAAACGAAAUACAAGCAUAAGAAGCUGGAUGAUUUUGAAAUUUUGGAAUAUAUGGAGCUUAGUUUUUUGUGGGCAACUGAUCCAAACUUCCUUUUAUCCAGGAAUUUUGGUCAUCUGUACAGGAGGGCCAGAGAUUGGCUCUGUAUCCAGGAGACUUUGGAAUAAUCCGCGAGAGUUGGCAUAUAUGAUCCCAUAUUUUCCAUAAUUCCUUAUAUCAUUCCAUACUGUCUGUUAUGCUGUUGUUUAGCCCUUUGGCCUGAAAGAGGGAUAAGCAUUUGAUUUUAUCCUACAAUAUCACCCCUGAAUCACACAUGAAGGUUAUGUGAAUAAGGGAAAUGAUCACCAAAUAAAGAAGCUCUCAAUUGUUAAACAAGUUCUCCAUGUAAGCAACUUAGAAAAAGUAUUGAGAAAAUGCAUACUGAUGGUAGAAUGUAAAGGAAUUAACAUGUCUAUGUAUCUGACACUGCUCAAUUCAAUACUCCUCAGAACUUAAAGGAAAUUGGUGGGAAAGUAUUCAUAGAUGAGGAACCAGAAAUUUGCCCUCCAGAGGUAAUUCAGAUGAUAUUGAAAUGCAACACUUUGCUUUUUAAACUCUCAUGAAGUGCUCAGUAAUUAUGGUAAAAAUAUAACAUUCUUGAAUUGGAGAAAGAAAACCACUUAUUUUAAACUCCUGUAACCUCUAAGAGUGAUUGGCAUCUAACAUUUUUUUACAGUGUUCUUGCUGAAUCAAACAUUAAGGUUAUGAGAAUGGAGGAAAUUAUGGCUUACUAGAGAAACUUGUGAUAGGUGAAUUAAUUCUCCAUGUCAGCGCCAUAUGAAAUGUAUAUAAAACAGUGUGGAGAAUAUGGAUACCCAUGUUAGGGUGCAAAGGGUUCAUUGAAGGAGUUAACCCAAAGAAGAAGAGGAAGCAAUUUGUUGUCAAAGCUAGUAAUGCACCUUUUGAAAAACAGAAGGAAAGAUUGCCAUGGAGAUAUCUCAAGCUUGACAGUCUUUGUUAACUUUAAUUUUUGUUUGGCCUAAUUAGGAUAUUAACUUUAGUUGGUGAUUAUUUCCUUUAAUUUGAUAGGAUUGUCUGCUGGAUAUUUCCACCAUUGACAUCAUUCUUAUAUCUAAUUACCAUUUCAUGUUGGCAUUACCUUUCAUAACAGAGGUAAGUUGUAAUUGAUAAUGUCGCCGGUCAGUCCAUGGAUAAUUUGGAUCAUUCCUAAUAAAACUUUUCAGCAAAUUAAAAAUUAAAAGGAACUUCUAGGAGUGUUCCAAAUAGGAGUCUAACAUACAACCUUCUGAUUAGUACCUUGGAUACUUCACCACUAAACUGUACAAGUCUGGUGGCAGGCUGGCUGUUUAAUUAGGCUCUUGAUGAUGAACUUCUCAUAUACUUCUAGGAAAGGGAGGUUGAUAUGAUGUCAAUAUGUAAUGCUUCUGCGCAGUGACAAUGUGAGUGGAGAUGCAUGGUAGAUGUUUUUGUUGUGACUUUUCUUUCACUUUUCCUUAGCAUUCAGGAUUCAAAGGAAAAAUCUAUGCCACUGAACCAACAGUUCAGAUUGGAAGGUAAGAAUUGUGCUGAUCUGUGUGGUGUACAAAGAGGGUAAGUUUCUAAAGAAACUGUGGUGUUGCAUUGGUGGGAAAGUAUAACAGGGUAACCAAGUACUAUAAAUUGCUCUGUUGAAAGGCUAAUGCUUGAAGCAUUACAUUAUCAGCUCAGUUGACAAUAAUUAAUUACCCUGUGUGAUGUACUGACAGGUAAUUUAUUAAGUGUCCUUUAAAAGUCUGAGACCUUGUUUCUUGCUUAUGUCCUUGAUUGUGAGAAUCUAAGUUAAAAUGUGUAAGCAUGUUAUUUUAUUGAGGAAUUUUAUCUGCAGAGAACUAAUGUUAGAGAUGGUGGUGUAUGCAGAGCGAGUUCCAAAAGUGAGCAAAGGAAACAUGUGGAAGGACAAUGAAGUUUUAAGGUUUGUUUUGUUAUUUUUAUGUUCCCAGGUUCCUAAAACAACGCAAUGAGUCAACACAACACAAUGACUUAGUCAGGUCUUAAAAUGGACCUUUUGAGCGGGAUUUUCAGCACAUUUCUGUUAGGCUACCACAUCUUCUUUAAGAUCCGGUAAUGGUCUACCAAAGUAAGUGAAGACUGAGUUAACAAGGUCACAAUACUUUUGGGGCUGGCACUUUAGCAGUUCCUUUAAUUUUUUUUUCUUUUUCUUUUUUUUUUUUUUUCAUUUAAUAUUUUGUUGUUUCAGAUGUCUUCCUCCUCCUCUGUGUGACUUAAAGGGGACAAAGUCAUGGAAAGUACUUUACAGGUGAAUCUUGAAAUUACAACAACUGAAGUUAUUCAAAGGUGAUUUAUAAAUGAUAUUCUAGUUGACAGCUUCUGUUUUAGUGUAUUGUAUUCUAACUUGAUAAAAAAAAUUUAAAAAUUGAUCAAUCCCUUCAGGUAAGAUUUACAUGUAGAUCAUAUCAGCUCCAAAAGCAUUGAGAGCCACCAAAUUCUUGGUAUAUCCUCAAUUGAGGCUUGCAAAAAGAUGAAAUUUAGUUUGUUGCAUGGACGAGUUUUUGAACCAAAUAUGAAAUUCUGAGAAUGUGCCUCAGAAACACCCAUUUCAGAACAGUUUGUGAUCCAGGCUCAUGAAAAAUCCUAAGGAAUGCAGGGAGGCCUAUAUGUAUGAAUUUGAAACAAAAUCACUGCUCAAAAUCAUCUUUGUAACUUUUGUCAUUUGAAAUAACUGUUGUCUCAUGCAAAAUGAUUUCUUUCCUUUGGCACAUUCCUUAUGACAGCAAAAAAGAUGUAAAGGCUUCAGUAUCAAAGAUUCAGAAUGUUGGAUAUUCAGAGAGAAUUGUAAGUAUUGUCAGAAAAGGCUGAAAUGUAUUAUAUUUCACAAUUUUAACUCCCUGUUACUUCCAUCCAAAGAGAGCAGGAUCAGAUUGCUAAUACCAAAAUGUUGUGCUUACAAUUUCUCUUGUUUUGGUUUUCAAUCUUAAACCAGUUUGAAUUUCACUUUUCAUUGUUUCUGUUGAUGACAAUGAAUUCCUAACAAACAAAUGUCUAAUCAAACUGAUUUGAAUAGUUUUAAACCAAGGAAAAAUUUUGUUUGACUGCUUUCAAAUCUCAACUCUUUUCAAUGUAGGAUCUGUUUGGUAUUCUAAAGCUCACUCCCCUCAGUUCUGGAUAUUGUUUAGGAAGCUGUAACUGGGUCAUAGAAUCUGACUAUGAAAAGGUAUGUUAAAUGAAAUUAGUUUUGAUUUGUUAUUGUAACACAAUAUUGGGAAGCUUAGUAUUACUAAUACUUUUUUUAUAACUUGAAUUGAAGCACUGGUGUACAAAACCAACUUACCUUUACAGUGUGUAUCAAAUUUAAGCUGGUGUUUAAAGUUUAUUAUAGUUUAUAAUGUUUGUACCUUUUUCAUUCUUUUGGUUGGUUUUCCCUUUUAUUAAAGAAGUAAUAUUAUUGUACAGAAAAAAAAAUUGAAAAACAAAACAAAACAAACUAUUUUUAUGACAUUAUGUAUAUGUUUAACUCAUUUUCCCUCCUAUAACACAUGUGCAGUACUGAAUGAAAAAAACUUAACUUUUAAUAAACACAAGAUGUUUGUUUAUAACAGGUCAUUUAUAUUUCUUGUUCAUCGACAUUCACCACUCAUCCUCUUCCAAUGGACCAGUCCAUGCUGAAGAACAGUGAUGCCUUAAUUAUGACUGGCAUCACACAAGCUCCCACUGCAAACCCUGAUGCCAUGCUGGGGGAAUUCUGCACUCACCUAGGUAAAUACAACAAAUACAACAACAUGGGAAUGUACAGUUAAGGUGUUUCAAAGUCAAAUAUCUUAUGCAAUCUAGGCUGUAUUACCCUUGGACCCCUAAGAGUGACCAACAUUUAAUUUCUCCCUACAAUUUCUCCCCUGAAUCAAACAUUAAGGUCAUGAGAAUAAAGUAAAUGAUCACCAACUUAAGAAGCUCUUGAUUGUUUGACAAAUUCUCUUUGUCAGCACCUUAGGAAAUGUAUAGAGAACAGUAUGGAGAAUAUGCAUACUGAUGUUAGGGUGUAAAGGGUUUAGAGAAGCAUGGUGUAGUGAUAUGAUUUAUAAUUGUUUGUUUUCUUCUUAUUCUACAGCUACCACUUUACGAAAUGGAGGAAAUGUUCUUGUGCCUUGCUGCCCCUCUGUAAGUUGUUUGAUAAGGCUAGUAUGUUGUUUGACAUAUCGACCAACAGUCAUUAAUUACACCUGCAGAAUAUCAAAAUGGUGUUAAAUUCAAUGAGUACAGGCAAGAAUGUGAAAUGAUAUAGAAAUGUACAAAAAUGCUUGUGGAGAAAUAAUUGUUUCCUUGAACUAUGAGUUUGUAAAGUAUUUGAAAUCAGAGAAUGGAUAAAAAGGCAACGCUUUAAUUGUCUUCCUUACCCAGCCUCUUUAUCUUCCAUUCCAAACUUCCUCCUCCAUCAGAGGUUUAAAUAAAAGCAAUCUUUCACUUAUAAGAUCUUUCACCACCUUAGCUUGUUUAGCUUGUCAGCAAAGUCUCAUGUUUGAGUUUCACCUUAUGGCAUAGCCACCUAUUGCAGCAGCAACUGCAGCUUAUGGGAAAAUUUAUUGGAACACCACUUUCCAUGUCUUCAUGGCACAUUCUCCAGCUUCCUUUCAAUUACCUCAUGCCAACUAAUUCUUUUUUUUUUUAAAUCACAGGGUGUUCUGUAUGAUCUUUUUGAGUGUUUGUACUCAUAUAUGGACGGUGCCAAUCUUUCAGCCAUUCCAAUCUACUUCAUCUCUCCCAUUGCAGAUAGUUCUUUAGCUUACUCUAAUAUUUUUGCAGAGUGGUAAGUGAAAAGAAUUGACUCAACUUUGCAUUCGUUUUCUCCCUUUGGAAAAAUUAGUUGUAUUGUUUCCCUGAGGUGAUCAGCAUUGAAAGAGGCCCCAAGAAAGGAAGGAGCUCUGAAAUAUUGUUGACAGUAAUAAGAUACAACCAAACAAGCAUUUCUUAUUGUAUAUAUCCUUUUAUCCCUUCGAGUGACCGGCAUCUAAAUUGAUCUGUACAGAAAUAGUGCAAAAUCAUUCAUUAAGAUCGCGAGAAUUAGGGAAAUGAUCUCCAACAUGAAGAACCUUGUUAAACAAAUUCUCCUUGUCAGUACCAAAGGAAAUGUAUAGAGAAAACUUGGGAGAAUAUGGAUACUGAUGUUAGGGUGUAAAAAUUAAGGAGGGAUUUUGUAAAGAAAUUGUGUUGCUGCAUCGGUGAAAGGUAUUACAAAAUAAUUUGGUUUUAUCAAUUGAGUUGUUAAUUUGAAUCGGCCUACGGGGGAGAGGUCUUAAGUAGACAUUUAAAGCAUCACCCCUUCGUCAGAGAGAAAAUGAAGUCCUCCUAUCUCUGUGGAAGGCAUUGACCAAUUUCUUCUCUUUUUUAAGGCUUUGUCAGAGUAAGCAAAGCAAAGUUUAUCUACCAGAGCCACCAUUUCCACAUGCUGAGGUACAUGUACAGAGCCUUGCUCUUGUUUUACAAAUUUUAACCCUUUUAAUCCUCCAGAUAUACCAGCUAUCUACAAAAGACUUCCCUUUUGGAUCGUCAUGAGGGUUUGGUGUCACGCCAUCCUCGGAGAUCCAGGGGCUGUGAGUCGAUUUCAAGUCGGGCUCUCCCGCCCUGAAUUGAAAUCGACUAACAAUUCCUGGGUCUCCGAGGAUGGUGUGACACCCUAACCACAUCGCCUUGCUGAUUGAGCGCUUUUCGAGCGUCGAAAAAACAAAUCUUACGAUAUCACAGCAGCCAAUCAGGUGUACGAAAAAUAUCACGAGGAGCCAGUGAGAAUCCAGAGUAAAGAAACGCAAAAAGCUUCAAGCGCGGGAAAACGUAAGAGAUUGGUUUUAGUUCUGGGUUUGAUUGGUUUAAAAAGUGGCGCGAAUCUUUUUGGACCAGUCAAAAUGGAAGUAAAAAAAAACCGAAAUAUUUGCGGAUUACCUUCGAUAUCCAGUUGAAAACGUAUUUGUGUCAAUUGAACAAAUAAAUUCCGAUUUUCUAUGCGUCCGUCCGGAAAAGAUAACAGAUGACGUAAAAAAUGGGGAAGAACGAAAGUCGAAAAAGUGGUACAGGAGGCACAGCUACGUGUGGCACUGAUAUUCUUACCACCUUUUAAGCCAUUUUCUAUUUUUUUUUUAACAGCUUGUGAAAGCAAACCGUCUGAAACACUUUCCCAGCAUCCAUGGUAAGAUAGCUUACAUUUUGACUUCUCCAGUUUUCUUAUCAUCUUUGAGUGAAGUGCUGUAAACUGAGUAUUGUUCCCAAUAAUGACCUCGAACUCGAGCAGACCAUUUUAAACCAGUGAGCAGCCGAUACAAUUGCUACUGUUUUAAUUAAUCCUUGAAAGUUUUAGAGUUCUUCCUUUCUCACCAGAGCCUAGUUACAUUGGUAUGAUUAUUACAUUGCAUUCGGCUGCCCCACCCAAUAUUGAAUGAUUCUUUGUGCGAUCACCGAAUGUUGUAGAAUUUUGCAAAGUCACGUAUUAGUUUUUGGUGUUGCUUUUGGGUUUUUCGCUUCUAUACAUCAUUCCUCUACGAUGUAAAAUUGUCUUUCUAAGCCAUUCGAAAGCAGACUCCUUACCUUUAAAAUCAUAUAUUCCCCGCCGCCCGUGGGUGACCGGGGGGGCGGGAGGGGGCGUGUCAAAGCUUCGAAUUGAUCGAUGCAUAAGCCAUUCGUUGCACGUAAACGUGUCAUUAUAUUGGGGUGACUAUGCCUGUGAACAUCGCCAGUUUCAUAAAGAGUGAUUUUUGCAGAUGGAUUGAGCAGUUGUUUCAAGACGCCCUGUGUCGUAUUUACUGGACAUCCAUCGUUAAGAUAUGGAGAUGUAGUGCACUUCAUGGAACUUUGGGGAAAAUCAAAUGGAAACACUGUUAUAUUCACUGGUAAGAAAAGUUUCCUUGAUUAUGACACUCCCUUUAGAAACCGCUUUGUUUAGAAAACCAUAUGCCGUUUUCUAUAUAAUUUUGUUUCAGUUUGACGAGUCAAAUUAAAUGUCUUCCUUUUAGAGCCAGAGUUUCCAUACCUCGAGGCUCUUGCUCCAUAUCAACCUCUAGCAAUGAAGGUAGGUGUGUUAACCCUUUAACCCCUAAGAAUGACUAACAUCUAACUUCUCCUUACAAUAUCACCCCUGAAUCAAACAUUAAGGUCAUGAGAAUAAAGGAAAUGAUCACCAACUAAAGAAGCUCUUGAUUGUUGAACAAAUUCUCCUUGUCAGAACCCUUGGAAAUGUCUAGGGAGUAGUAUGGAGAAUAUGCAUACUGAUGUGAGGGAGUAAAGGGUUAAUCGUGUUAAAUGUAAUUAAACAAAUAAAUUAACGAAUCAAUUGAGAGGACGGGCGAAAAAAUCUUCGGAAGGGAGAGGAGGUAAGGUCGACCUUCUUGCUUGUGCUUCGAGCGCCCUCGCCGGUCCACUCUUUCAGGAGCUAGGGAAUUGUUCUAUGUACCUCGAUAACUUCAGACUAAAAGCUGCAAACAAAAGUAAUUAAGUUGUAUUUUUCCGCACAAACACACAUUAAAUUUCAAUUUGGGUUAUUGUUCAUGUUUCCUUUUGUAGGCUUGUUACUGUCCGAUUGAUCCAAGACUUAAUUUUACACAAGCUAACAAACUUAUUCGUGAACUUCAGGUCAGUACUUAUACAUCGAUGACAGUUAUAGAGAGGUUUGAGUGGAACAGUGAAACUUUUUCCUUCGCGGAAGAUUGCUCUCUUGUACUUAAAGUCACGUAGCUUAGGCGGCGAAUUGAAAAUUUCUCCGGUUACUUGCAUCCUCCACAAAUCCCACCUCUCGCUAAAACGGUUAUGUUUUUGUUACCUUUUCGGGUUAUUUCCUUCUUUUAUUUUUCUGAACUCCUCAUUUCUUAAACCUCGUUUUUAUUAGCUCCCGUACAGCUUUUUAAAGGUUGUAUUGGGGUCAAUUGUGAUAAUUAUCUCUUUACUUUUACUCUUCAGUCCUAACUAUUUUAAAUUUUCGAAUGUGAUAUUUAGAGAAAGAUACGGUAUCAUUAUUACUUUUUGUUCGUUUUUAUUUCAGCCUGGUCAGCUUGCUAUACCGGACACAUACACCAGAGCACCGGAUUUAUUGCCGCACAGAACAGACUUAACCAUUCAAGAUACGGUAAACGAUUUUGCUCUAACAGAUGUUCAUCGCGGGCAAUGAUCAGAAGACGUCCUUGCACGAGUAAUCACUUGUGAACAAGAGAGGAGCGAUUUUCUAGACUGAACCACCCGAAAGGCCUUACUCCUAUGUUAACUACUUUUAGUAUGCUUAGCAAGCGGUUUUUCGACGCAGGUUGAAAAUCGAUCUAUGAAAAUGUUGGACAGUUUCCUUCCCAGACCAUCGCAGCCUACGAUUCCUAGCGCGAGUAAAACUGCCAGCAACGCAAGCUAAGCUGCUCUCAAGUUUUAUUUAGACUUCAGGUGUCUGGCGUUGCGGCAAUAAUGUUAUAUGAACCUCGCGUGUUGCAUGUGUCACUGGAGAACGAUUGUCCCUUGGAAUGCCUUUAGAGCAAAUUUGAUUUACGAUUUUUUAUUUUGCCUUUUUUAGGAGUGCAAGAUCUCGACGUUUAGCCAUUUGGAUGUUCUAUCGCUGUCGGUGAAAAGAGAGUUUGAGAAAGUUGUCUUAUCGAACGAGGUUAGUUUGCAUCUUUAAGGUAGAGACAAUCUACGCAAAGAAUUCUUCGCCGGCGUUUGAUGUCAAGUGCUGCUUUUCAUAGUUAAGAAUUUACGAAGCUUUCGCGAGGCCAGAGAAUAGGUGUGCAAAGUAAGGUUGGCCUUCGAAGCGCAGUCUUUUUGCGCUCACCCGAAGCCAAGCGGGGUUCGCUUGUACUGAUCGCAUUAAACACUCGAUGAAACAACACAAUGGCGCCAUCCUUACUUAAUUUCUAACUUGAAUGGUCACCAGAGCCUAGACCAGUGUCUGAUUUUGGACGCUAGUGUCUGAUUUUAGCAUUAUUUCCAGUUUUAGACACUUAAGUCUGUGUUUAGACAUUAGUGUCCGAUUUUGGACGCUAUAGUGUUCGAUUUUACACCGAAGUGCCCAAUUUUAGACACAAUCGGCCGAUUUUGGAUAUUAGUGUCCGGUUAAGACACUAGUGUCUGCUUUAAGACAUUAGUGUCCGAUUUUAGGCACUAGUGUCCAAUUUUGAACACUAGUGUCCUAUUUUAGACACAAGUGUCUGAUUUCGGAUUCUAGUUUCUGAUUGUAGACAGUAUGGCCUGAUUUUAGACAGUAUGGCCUGAGUUUAGACAGUAGGGCCUGAUUUUAGACAGUAGGGCCUGAUUUUAGACAGUAGGGUCUGAUUUUAGACAGUAGGGCCUGAUUUUAGACAGUAGGGUCUGAUUUUAGACACUAGUCUUCGAUUGUAAGUAAAUAGUAACCGUUGUAACAUAAAUCGACCAGAAGUGUUGCAACUUUCCUACGAUAGGAUGCCAGCGCAUUACUUUUUUUCUUCCACGCCCUCUUAAACACACAAACACCAGUGGACUGUUAGGUUUCCUUGGCUCUCAGUUGGCUGAUUUCUCGGUGAAGAGAGGCGUCUUUAAAGCUAUGUUUAUUGAUGAUAUUUACCAAACAAGUCAGUCAAAACAUGUGGAUACAUUCUGAUAUGCUUUCCUUUUUCAGUUGGCCAGCAGGCUCCACCCUCAGGAAGUGAGACAUGGUAUCGCAGUAACCACUGUUACGGGAACCUUGGUAUCGAAAGACAACAGAUACACUCUUGAACCGUUAGAUCUCACGGGCGACGGAUUUAACAAGACAAAGUAAGUCGCUUAAACCUCUACACCCUAACAUCAGUAUUCAAAUUCUCCUUACUGUUCUUCAUACAUUUCUUGAGAAACCGACAAGGAGAAUUUGUUUAACAAUCAAGAGCUUCUGUAGCUGGUGAUCAUUUCCUUUAUUCUCAGGAUAUAAUGUGUGAUGCAGAGGUGAUAUUGUAAGGAGAAAUUAGAUGCUGGUCACUUCUAGAGGUCAAAGGGUUAAGUUUAUAGUUAGGACCAAUUUUAAGUGUCUUUAAAAAUAGAGUGUAUGUUGCUCUGACGAAUAUUUCUCUCGCAAUACUUUUUUUUCUGGAAUUUAAGUCUUUUUUGUCUUAAUGUGAAAUUCUUUUUUCUUCAUACAGGGAUUCAAAGGCGGAAUCUAAAACAGGCCAGAAGUCCUGUCAUUUAUGGGGGAGCGUACUCGUGGAAGAUCUCGUAAAGUCUUUAGCGAAGGUGAAGUGUCAUUACAAGGCUGCAUCGCAUAGCUGCCGAAACUCAUCAAUACGGAGAAAUAUUUUUAUUAGAGAUGUUUUAUUACUACUUUCUCAGCGCCCAAAUCUUGCUCACUUUUUGCCGUUUUUGUCUUCUCAGCGUGGUAUUGAGGACGUUAACGUGGAUUCUGAUCAC